CUUGGCCCGGUGGGCAGGUGCGUUAUUUUCACUUUCAUUCUGCUAACUUCUUUGCUUAUAAGCCGUAUACUGUCGUAGUCGCAUACUAGGUUCCCUUCUCUCAGAUUUCCUGAGCCUCGCCAACCUCUUUGUUCUCAAUUUCCGCAUUAUUUCAUCAUGAACGCUCGUCCGCACAAGCAGUCUAUGUCGGAGCUCAAGCUUCGUAGGCUCACAGAGCACAACCAACGACUGCGAGAGGAUCUAGCGCGACCGCGAAUGAGAGUGAGCGAAGCUAGUGCAAGUUUAAUUCGUUACUGCAAGACCACAAAAGACCACCUGGUACCGUCUGUGUGGGGACCCGUCGGAAAGGGUGAGGACCCAUACGCACCGCCUCAAACAGGCUGCACCUGUAUCGUGAUGUGA